UUAAAGAUAGGGUUUCCACCAUUGUUGUAAGGCACACCAAGGAAGAAAGAGAUAAAACAUGGCACCCAUUUCAUUACCCAACAAUCCCCAUGCAGUAUGCAUCCCCUACCCGGCACAAGGUCACGUAAACCCGAUGCUCAAAGUGGCCAAACUCCUCCAUUUCAAAGGCUUCCACAUCACUUUCGUCAACACCGAGUACAACCACAAACGCUUGCUCGAAUCCAGGGGCCCCCACGCCCUCGACGGCUUGCCUGACUUCCGGUUUGGGACAAUCCCCGACGGCCUUCCUCCGCCGGACAUCGACGCCACGCAAGACAUCCCCGCGCUUUGUGACUCAACUAGCAAGCAUUGUUUGGCUCCCUUUCGCCGACUCCUUGUUGAGCUAAAUGCUAAUGCCGGUGUCCCGCCGGUCACUUGUAUCGUCGCCGAUGGGAGCAUGUCGUUCACUCUUGAGGCGGCUAAAGAGUUAGGGAUUCCCAGUGUGUUGCUUUGGACACCCAGUGCUUGUGGUUUCUUGGCUUAUUGCCAUUACCGACGGCUUAUUGAUGAUGGUUUUACACCAUUGAAAGAUGAAUCCUAUAUGACAAACGGGUAUUUGGAUACCGUCAUCGACUGGAUCCCGGGCAUGAAAAACAUCCGCAUAAGGGACCUUCCAAGCUUUGUUCGAACAACGAAUCCAGACGAUAUAAUGUUGAAUUUCUUUGCGACGGAGUGCGACAGAGCUUCCAAAGCUUCCGCCAUUAUCGUAAACACCUUCGAUGAAUUGGAACAUGAUGUCGUCAAAGCUCUCUCCUCUAUCUUCCCUAAAUUUUACACCAUUGGACCCCUUCACUUGCUCCUCAACCACAUCCCACCGUCGUCACCUUUAAGCUCCAUGGGGUCCAACCUGUGGAAAGAAGAGCCUCGAUGUUUUCAAUGGCUAGAUUUAAAAGAACCCAAAUCGGUCGUUUAUGUUAAUUUCGGGAGCAUCACGGUGAUGACGGCGAAUCAAAUGGUUGAAUUCGCUUGGGGUUUGGCUAAUAGUAAAAAACCUUUUUUGUGGAUCAUUAGACCCGAUUUGGUACGGGGGGAUUCGGCCAUUUUGCCGCCAGAGUUUAUCGAGGAAACUAAAGACCGGUGUUUCAUGGCGAGCUGGUGCCCGCAAGAGGAAGUAUUGAACCAUAACGCGGUGGCCGGGUUCUUGACACACAGCGGGUGGAAUUCAACGUUGGAAAGCAUUUCGAGUGGGGUGGCGAUAGCUUCUUGGCCGUUCUUCGCGGAGCAACAAACGAAUUGUUGGUUUGCUUGUAAUGAAUGGGGUAUCGGCAUCGAAAUCGACCAUGAUGUGAAGAGGGAGAAAGUGGAGAAGCUAGUGAGGGAGCUCAUGGAAGGAAGGAAAGGGGAGGAGAUGAGGGAAAACGCCAUGGAAUGGAAGAGAAAAGCUGAAAAAGCUGCGUGUUUGGAUGGACCGUCCUUGUUGAAUCUGGAUAGGUUGAUUAAUGAAGUCUUGCUCGAAGGACAUGAAUGAUCAACUUUAUUUAAAUAAUAAUAAUAAUUGUGGAAAAUACCUUCAAGUUUAUGGGUUUGAGUUAUUAAUUAUUAUUUUUUUAGAUUCGCACACUCAACGUUAUGAUUAUUUAGAAAUCAGCUCAGUUGUAACGAAAAAUGUGAGUUAGUCGUAGGUCAACUAAGUAGCCUAUUUGGUGUGACAUACAAGUAUUAGGUGAAGCCAUCUAUAAACUAAAUUGUUUAACA